AUGAUACCCGUGCUGCCCCGUAUCACGCGCGAGGCUGUCUCCGGUGCCUCGGGCACGGCCAGUCUUUUUGUUUGGAUCUUUGCACAGACGCCACAGAUCUACCAAAACUUCCGCACGAAGAGCGUAGAAGGCCUGUCCUUUGUGUUCUUACUUCAAUGGACGCUCGGUGACCUGACCAACCUCGUAGGCGCCUUUCUCACGAACCAGCUGCCGAUACAAAUGGUCAUUGCUGCUUACAUGCUUUUGGUCGAUGUAACACUGUGUACACAAUACGCUCUCUACUACCGGGAGCCGCUUCCUCCACGCAUUUCACCCGCGUUCCCUACGGAGCGCUCGCCCCUGAUAGGGGCGUUGUACAGGCCAGCUCACACCUCGACCACAGGUACCACGGCGAUGGCAUCUACUUCGAGAUCUCGGCAUGUGCUUCCGAGCAUGUCGCGGCAAACACUGCGCGCGAGGUCCCUGGAUCCAUGGAUGGUGUACCGCGUCAGACCGCAUCGUCCGUCGAGGCGAACACGCGCUCCGCGAAAAAGUGAAUCUACAGAUGAUGUAACGAGCAAGCCAGCGGCCUCAGUGGAACGUGGUCGACGUUCGAAAGCGCAUACCUCCUUGGCGCCCGCAUCCAUGGACCAAGACGUGUCAUCAUCCGCUCGAGGUCGUGCGCGUGGACGAAAGGCCGCAAUACGGCGAGGUGCAACUGUGGCUUUGCUGGGAAUUGGCUUCUUUGUCUCGGUGGGCCCAUCCAGCAGGCCUGACGCCCUUGCUUCCGUGGAUCCUGUGGCCCAGCCUCACGUCCUGGCACACACGUCGACGACGACCCCUAUACCUCCUGCCGUGCGCCAUCCCAUCCUGCUGUACAUACCCGAUAUGGAGCUCUGGAACGCGCCGCGACGCGGUCGGAAAGACCCUGCGCCCCCUUUCAGCGUCAUCAUUGGCCGCAUCUUUGCUUGGUUCUGCACGGUGUUGUAUAUGACAUCGCGCCUACCACAGAUAUGGACGAAUUUCCAGCGCCGUUCUGUGCGCGGAUUAUCGAUGCUUCUGUUCUUGCUGGCAUUUUUCGCCAAUCUCUUGUAUUCGAUCAGCAUUCUCUCGAAUCCCAAAGCCGUGGGACCCGACAGGUACGAGUACCUGUCUGAAAGUCUACCUUUCUUGUUGGGCAGCAGUGGUACUCUUGUUUUUGAUCUGGUCAUCCUCGUUCAGUAUGCCAUGUGGCAUGACAAGCAUACUCCAGCGCCAUCCUCUCCAUGA